GGUAGCACAUCAUUUCUUCGUUUGCUGUUCUGCUGACAAGUUGUCGAGCCAAAAUGGAAUUGAAAAUAUUUUUACUAAUAGCUAGCAUUUGUUGUUUUGCCAUAACACAGGUCUCCGGCUAUUGCUCUAUUAGCCUGUCUCAAGAUGAGUCGUUGAGACCAAAAUUGUAUAAAAAUAUUGGUAGCCGCAAAGCGUUAAUCCAUACCGAAGGUCUCUCCUAUCAAUUCAAUGAAAAUGAAGUGAUAACGGCCGAUUGUGAAAUACGUGUCCAGAGUCCCAGCCAAUUCGCCGGCAAACGUAGCAUCGAUUGCAAAUGUACGACAAGUUACAUCCAAAUUGAUGGUACUAUUCUCAGUAAAAAUCUACCGGUCCAGUGCGAUAAAAUAAAAUGGAAUUUAUAUGAAUCGUCAAAACAAUUCAGCUGGUGUCGCAUACCCAUGGCAUCGUAUCUUUUGGCCAGACCCUUAAAUAAUAUUUAUGAAUAUUUAGCCGGUGUUUGCUACAACUUUGACCAACAACAAAUCCUCAACAUACAUUAUGCCGCUGCAUAUCAGUUGUCGAAAUAUCAGUAUCCAACACGCCUACAAAAUUACUCUCCAACUGUGGAAAUUCUAGACAUACCCAACAAAUUUGUAGCCCGUCGCAUUAAACCCACAAAUUUCAAAAAUGUCGAAAUUCAAGAAUGGAUGAAAUUUUCCCAAUAUGAAAAUCAUUCCAUAAUUCAAGAUCCGAAUUUAUAUAAUAAAUCCUAUGACAAAUUUGGUGGUUUCAUAGAAUUGGAUUGGUGGCCAAGUCUACGUACGGGCAAUUGGCGUCUGUAUGAGAAGGCUCUGAGGGAGCACAUUGAAGCGGACAAGGAAAUUUACGAUGUUUUGGCUGGAGUAUCGAAUUCCAUUGCGGUACCUUCUUAUGAAAAUGUAUGUCGUGAAAAUUACACCAUGAUCGAUGUCAUCUACAGGGAUAAUCAGAAAAUCCCCCUAUACGUGUGGCAGUAUUUGAAAUCGCUCAAGGAAACUAACGGCACCGAUGUGGUUGUGAUCGGUGUCAAUUCAGCCUUUAGUGAUUUCUAUAAGGAAAAGGAUUUGAUUUUCUGCACGGACAUUUGUCACCAAUUGGAUUGGUUAAAGUCGGCUCAGGCCACGUUCCAUUACAAGACGUUGGGUCUGAUCUUCUGUUGUGAUGCCAAUGAAGUAAAGCUAUCGAAACGUUUGGAAGGAAUUCCCAUGGCAUCAAGUAAACCAAUAAAUUCUGGAGCCCAACUUUUGCCGUUGCCAAUGAAACGGCCCAAAGAGGAAUACGAUGAUUUUAAUGAACCAAUACGAAUGGAGACAUAGAAUAUACUCUAGUGCUGAGAGAAAACGAUAUAUACACCUACAACCCUAAAAAGAAGUAUUUUUUUUUUUUCAAUUUUAUUUUUUAUAAAAUAAAUUUUAAUAAAAAUAAAUAAAUAAAUAAAUAUACAAACUAAAAGUUAUUAUCCAGACCUGUAAAGCUACAUAGAAAUCGAAAAAAUACUAUUUAGAAAAUCCACUGUUAUAAGCCAAAUAUGUUAGCACCAGAUGUCUUGUUAAUAAAAAUAUUGGGAUGCAUCAA